AUGACCAACCCCACUGGCACAUCGUCACGGGGCAGAGUGCCGGAUGCUUGGAUUCGCUGUGAUAGGGAGACCCCCUGUGCUCACUGCCAACAUGCCGGCAUCGAGUGCAAGAACACCUCGGGACUCAAGCCGAAAGAGAAGAGGACUCGCAUUCUUAUCACCCCUCAAUAUGAGAAGAAGAUCGACCUCAUAGACCGGCGGCUCGAUGACGUCGUCCGCCUCCUUGAAGACCUCAAACUACAGUUUCCCGCCCCCUCAGUAACACCAAAAGCGCCGGAGACGUCAACGUUUACAUCGAUACCGGUUCUCGCGCAGCCGAAACCCAUCUCUUCGUCCAUCUCGACGCCCGCAAGCCAUGCCACCUCUGCCCAGACGAGUGGUCCUUUGGUGGAAGGGGAGUCGUCGAUGACGGCUCAGUCAAUCUUCGCCCAUGAUUUCCUCCGAAAAACUGUCGGGGACGGCUCUUCCGUCCUAGAAAUGCGAGAGACACUCGACGCCCUCCACUCCCUGGUCGAUGCGCUGAAGCAGCAACCCGCCAUCCACGAGCUGACAUAUCCCAAUGCUGGGCCUAUGGUAAGGCCUGCUCUCGGGGACUGCGAGAUGCCUCCAGUGCAGUCCGCAGUCAAUGUUAUCCGUCAGGCAAAAGCUCACAGAACUCUCGGCCUGGAGUGGAUAACAAACUUCCUCCACCCGGAUCACUUCACCGACUUGGUUCUCAAAGUCUACUUUUCACAAAAAGAUUUCAACGAGGCUGAAUUCAUCAUCGUGAAUUCCGGUCUAGAAUGCCUCUACCUGGAUAUGUCCAUGAACAAGGCCACGACGGAAAACCUCAAGGAGGAGUACACAAAAAUGGGGACACUCUGCAGCAGUAACCUCGAGACUGCGUUGGUCAAUUUACCUCUGCAUCUACCAGCCACCAUGGACAUGGUUGUGGCAUUGUUGUUUGGUGCCUACCACGCCAUGGAAGUAGCAAAGCCAAACCUUGCCUGGACGCUGAACACGGCCUCGGCCCAGCUGUGCCAGACCCUCGGAUACCACCGAAUCGCAUCCGUCAGGAGCGGCAACCCCGAUGACGAAGACUACAAGACGUUCCUAUUCUGGUCCGUCUACUUUGUAGACAAGUCGCUGUCCCUUCGCUUGGGUCGCCCGUCGACGAUCUCAGACUACGACAUCACUGUCCCCUAUCCCUCGAGCAGCAGUAAAAUACACGGUGCGCUAAUGAGCUACUUUUGCUUGUGGGUAAUUGUCUCCAGAAUCCAAGGCAAGACCUAUGAACUUCUGUACAGCCCCGAAGCAAUAUCGCAGCCCAGCUCGAUUCGAGAAGGUCGCGCGCGGGGGUUAGCUGCAGAACUCCAGCAAGUGACGGACCGCACUCAGGAAACGCAUGCACAGCAUCUGGAGUCAGCGAUUGAGGCUGUCGGCCAAAACACGAUGGAAUUCUUCAACGUAUCCGACGAGGUGCUGAGGUUGUCUCUACUCACCAUCAUAUACCGAGCGGUCCCCUCACCUCCGGGCUCAAUCACUACCUUUGGCACGGAGUGCAUCAAUGCUGCGAGAGCAACUCUGAAACGGCACGAAGAUUGCAUGGCGGUCAUGGCCAAGGACGGCUAUUAUCUGUUUCCCAUGUACAUGAAUUGGACCAUCCUCUUCGCACCGUUCGUUCCUUUCAUCGUGCUGUUCUGCCAAGUUCUAGAAACCAGCGACGCUGCGGACCUGGCCCGACUACAAGGCUUCGUCGCGUCGAUUUCCGGCGCCAAAGACUUCACCGAGGCGUCGGCGAAGCUCUAUCGGCUCUUCCAGGUCCUCUACAACGUCGCGUUCCGCUACGUCGAGAUGCACAAUAACUCACAGCAGUCCGAGCAGGCGCAGGCGAGCCAGGAGAUGGAUAAGUACCUGACGGCACUCGGGUUCCCGUCGUCGGGGCAGUCACACGAGGUGGGGCCGAGCGGGUCGGAGCCGCUACCUUUGGGCGGCGGCAGCAGCGGCGGCGGCGGCGGCGGCGAGGACGGCAUGAACCCCGCCGGUCCAGGGCCGCUUAACCAGAUGAUGUGGAUGGGUAACGCGUCGCAGUUAGAGGAUUGGUUUUAUAGUAACCAGCAGAUGCUGGGGCUCAUCGAGGAUGACGACUCGUUUCUGUAG